CCAGUGCGCCCUCCCCUCCCGCGCUCCCUCCCUCCCUCCCUCCCUCCUCGCUCCCUCUCCUCUCUCGCUAUAGAGGGCUCCCACAGCACUUCCCAGCCAGUGUGUUCAGCCUGCCUGCCUGCCUGCCUCUGUGUGUGUGAGCGUGUGUGCGUGCGUCUACUUUGUACUGUGAAGAACACAGCCCAUGUGCUCUGCAUGGACGUUCCUGAUACUCUGUUAAGCUUGAUUUUCGACAAGCAGGCGAGAUGUCCAGCACGCCACAUGACCCCUUCUAUUCUUCUCCUUUCGGCCCAUUUUAUAGGAGACAUACACCAUACAUGGUACAGCCAGAGUACCGAAUCUAUGAGAUGAACAAGAGACUGCAGUCUCGUACAGAGGACAGUGACAAUCUCUGGUGGGAUGCCUUUGCCACUGAAUUUUUUGAAGAUGAUGCCACAUUAACUCUUUCAUUUUGUUUGGAAGAUGGACCAAAGCGAUACACUAUCGGCAGGACCCUCAUCCCCCGUUAUUUUAGCACCGUGUUUGAGGGAGGGGUGACCGACCUGUAUUAUAUCCUCAAACAUUCGAAGGAGUCGUACCACAACUCAUCCAUCACAGUAGACUGCGACCAGUGUGCCAUGGUCACACAACAUGGGAAGCCCAUGUUCACCAAGGUAUGCACAGAAGGCAGGCUGAUCUUGGAGUUCACGUUUGAUGACCUCAUGAGAAUAAAAACGUGGCACUUUACCAUUAGACAGUACAGGGAGCUGGUGCCCAGAAGCAUACUGGCCAUGCACGCACAAGAUCCUCAGGUCCUGGAUCAGCUGUCCAAGAAUAUCACCAGGAUGGGUUUAACAAAUUUCACCCUCAACUACCUCAGGUUGUGUGUAAUACUGGAGCCAAUGCAGGAACUGAUGUCGAGACACAAAACCUACAACCUCAGUCCCCGAGACUGCCUGAAGACCUGCCUGUUUCAGAAGUGGCAGCGGAUGGUGGCCCCUCCAGCAGAACCCACAAGGCAACCGACAACCAAAAGGAGAAAAAGGAAAAACUCCACGAGCAGCACUUCCAACAGCAGUGCCGGGAAUGCCACCAAUAGCACCGGCAGCAAGAAGAAGACCCCGGCUGCAAGUUUGAGCCUGUCCAGUCAGGUACCUGAUGUGAUGGUGGUAGGAGAGCCAACUCUGAUGGGAGGUGAGUUUGGGGACGAGGACGAAAGGCUAAUCACUAGAUUAGAAAACACGCAGUAUGAUGCGGCCAACGGCAUGGACGACGAAGAAGACUUCAACAGUUCACCUGCCCUGGGGAACAGCAGCCCGUGGAACAGUAAACCUCCCGCCACGCAAGAGACCAAAUCAGAAAACCCCCCACCCCAGGCUUCCCAGUAAGAUGGCGCCCGAUUCCGCUGCCCAUAGGCCCCCGCUGGGUAGAAUUCCAGUCGCAAAUCUCUACUAUCAGGAGAGGAAAGAGGUGAAAUUUAAAACACACAAACAAAACGUUUCCAUGCAAACAUCUAUUUCUAAACAUGACCUGAUUUUCUUUCUUGCAAUUUUUUUUUUUUUCCUUUUUUGAUUGAGAGGAUCGUUCAAAUGAGCCUCCACGGCCUCUCCUUGGAGGCCUUCACGAGAAGUACAGACACUGUCCCUGACAGUAAUUAGAAGCAGCGGAGGCUCGCGCACCUCCUGGCACGGUCUCACCUCCCUCUUUGUGUUGAAUUUACUGUCCACGCACCCGAAGAAGGCCAUGCUGUGCUCAGGAUCUCAGUAACAUGCCGACCCCAACUACAGAUGACUUUUUAAUAUUGUAAAAUAUUUUCUGCUUUUUGACUUGCAUUUGAGAGUUUCUUGUUUCAGUAAAAAAGAAAAAAAAAGAAAAAGAAAAAAAGUUCAUUUUGGGAAAGUAAUUUAAAUGAACCCCAUUUCCUCGCCUCACUUUCCAUUGGUUUUCCGCGUGUCAAGUCCCUAAGAAGACACAGCUAGGUGACUUUCUGACAAGCUGACCCUAAAGGGUUCUUGGGUCUGAGUUGUUUCAAUUUAGGCUAAGUACUGAAACAAGGAAUCAUCAAAGAUAUAUGGGUAGAUUUAUUAUGUACACAAAGACAAAUGGACCCUGGGAAAUGUAUGCAUUUGUAAACUUGCUGUGGGUCCAAAUAUUUUCAAGCCAAGCCAUGUAUCCAUUAAUUUUGUGGGAAGCUUAAUAAACCUGAAACUUUUUGUAUUUCCUCUUUUUUAUUUUUAAUUGUAUCUGAGUUGACUGAGUUUUGGUGGGUUUUUUUUGUUGUUGUUGUUGUUUUGUUUUGUUUUGUUUUUUUCCAUGCUUGUAUAAUAUUUUGUAAAUCCUUCACCUGGUUCUUUUAUGAGGACUUUUCUUUUGGGGCAAGUUCAGUGUAUUUAUGUGAAACUUUAUAAGAGAACUAAUUUUCCAUUUGCAUAUUAAUAUGUUCCUCUAUACAUGUAAAGACACAGUGGCUCUGUGUGUCAUAAAACAGCUGUAUUUUAUGUAUGCUUUACUGGUAAGUGUGCCAAUAAUAAACUGUGUUAAUG